AUGGCCUACGGAAAGACUGACGAGCUCGCCAUCAACACCAUCCGCACGCUUGCCGUAUGUUGCCCCAGAUCUCCCAUCACACGCGGCCGAGGGGCAUUGGAACCCCCCACCAUCUCUCUCACCGCAAGCCGCCGCGACGGCAGCGGGAUGAGACGGUCGAUAACAUGAGGAACACUCGAGCUGACGGAAUGCUACUCGCAGGUCGAUGCCACCUUCAAGGCAAACUCGGGUCACCCGGGUGCCCCUAUGGGCAUGGCUCCCGUGGCCCACGUCCUCUUCAACAAGUUCAUGACCUUCAACCCCAAGAACCCCAAGUGGUUGAACCGCGACCGAUUCGUCCUCUCCAACGGCCACGGAUGCUUGCUGCAGUACGCUCUGCUGCAUCUGUUCGGCUACGGCGUCAGCAUCGACGACUUGAAGAACUUCCGUCAGGUCGACAGCAUAACCCCCGGCCACCCUGAGAGCCAUGACACUCCCGGCAUCGAGGUCACCACCGGCCCUCUGGGUCAAGGUUUCGCCAACGCCGUCGGUCUCGCAAUGGCUCAGGCUCACACUGCCGGUGUCUUCAACAAGCCUGGCUUCGAACUCGUCAACAACCACACCUACGUCUUCUUCGGCGAUGGAUGUGCUAUGGAAGGUGUUGCCAGCGAGGCAGCCUCCACUGCCGGUCACUUGCAGCUCGGCAACCUGAUCGCCAUCUACGAUGACAACCACAUUUCCAUUGGUGAGCGGCUUGUACGGAAUAUGCUGUAGUACGUGCUAAUGACCCCUGACAGACGGUGACACCAAGUGCGCCUUCACCGAGGACGUCACGAAGCGAUUCGAGGCCUACGGCUGGCACGUGCAGUGGGUCAAGGAUGGCGACAAUGACCUCGAGGGUAUUGAGAAGGCCAUUGCUGAGGCCAAGAAAGUCACAGACAAGCCAUCCAUGAUUCGAUUGACCACUACCAUUGGUUUCGGCUCCAAGCUCCAGGGCACUGGCGGUGUCCACGGUAACCCACUGAAGGAGGACGACUGCAAGCAAGUCAAGGAGAAGUUCGGCUUCGACCCGGAGAAGUCCUUCGUUGUCCCACAAGAGGUGUAUGACUUGUACCACAAACACGCUGCCGAGGGCGCUGCUGCCGAGCAGGAGUGGAACAAGCUGUUGGAGAAGUACGCUGGCGAGCACAAGGAUUUGGGCGCCGACCUCAAGCGCCGCCUGACUGGCAAGCUCCCAGAGGGCUGGCAAACCAAGCUUCCAGUCUACAAGCCAACCGACAAGGCGAUUGCUUCUCGCAAGCUGUCCGAGUCUGUCCUUGAGGCUAUCUACGAGGCCGUUCCAGAGUUCUUGUCCGGAUCCGCCGAUCUUACUGGAUCCAACAACACCCGCUGGAAGGCCGCCGUCGACUUCCAGCCUCCAAGCCUUGGCAUUGGUGAGUGGAGCGGUCGCUAUGUCCGCUACGGUGUGCGUGAGCACUCCAUGGCCGGUAUCAUGAACGGUCUCUCCGCCUACGGCACCAUCAUCCCAGCUGGCGGUACUUUCUUGAACUUCGUGUCAUAUGCCGCCGGUGCCGUCCGUCUCUCCUCGCUCUCGCACCAGCGCGUCAUCUACAUCGCCACCCACGACUCCAUCGGUCUGGGUGAGGACGGCCCAACUCACCAGCCUAUCGAGACUCUGGCUCACUUCCGUGCCCUUCCAAACAUGAUGGUCUGGCGCCCUGCGGAUGGAAACGAGACCUCUGCUGCAUACUACGUUGCUCUCACUUCCCAGAGCACCCCUUCGAUCCUUGCCCUCACCCGUCAGAACCUGCCCCAGCUUGAGGGCUCGACGAUCGAGAACGCCAUCAAGGGUGGUUACGUGGCCCUGGAGGAUAAGAGUGCUCAGAUCACCCUCGUCUCUACUGGUUCAGAAGUUUCUCUCUGCUUGGAAGCCGUCAAGUACCUCAAGGAGCACAACAACCUCGUCGCACGUGUUGUCUCGAUGCCUUGCGUUGAGGUCUUUGACGCACAACCAAAGGAGUACAAGCUGUCUGUCAUUCCCGAUGGCAUCCCAGCUCUCAGCGUGGAGGUCAUGAGCACUCUCGGCUGGGAGAAGUACUCCCACGAGCAGUUCGGUCUCAACCGAUUCGGUGCUUCGGGACCAUACACCAAGGUCUACGAGAAGUUCGAGUUCACUCCUGCCGGUAUUGCCAAGCGCGCUGUGGCGACAGUCGACUUCUACAAGGACGUCAAGCCUCUGCGCUCUCCUCUCAACCGCGCCUUCCAGCAGCUCAUCUAA